ACCCCGACCCUCCGUGUCGAGCCCGCGUCGAUCGCGAAGCUAACGGCCGGCUCGAAAUGCGAGGCUGAUCCCGACCGACGGAUAGAAAGAGGAAAGUCGGAUGAAAAGUGGCGCGGAGAGAAUGCCAGCUGCGGGACGUCGUUAACGGACAUUCGAGUCGAUUCGUCUACCCAUGUGACGGAAGACGGCCCCGUGGACGUGGAUUCUAUCGAUUGAUCGCCGAUCGUUUGCCCGCUUUCCCUCCCACGCGACACCGCUACCGCCCUCCCUGCUCAGCUGUAACGAAAAACUCGGCCUAAAACCACCCCGCCCCAAGAGUUGUGCCUUUGCAAUCAACGGCAGCGAAGCCACCGAUCCAGACCGGAUCGCGGACUCGGUCCAGGUUGCCCGGAGGUGUUCGUGUGUCAGUCGAGCUGGUCGCGAGCCGCGCGCGCGCGCCCGAGGGCCUCCUAUAUGAUGGCAGUGUGCAUGUUCUGGCUGCUCACGUACGUGGGACAGGGCCUGGAUCUAGCCGUCGGCAACCGGCCGGUGAUCAUCAUGCAAGGCGCGCCGGAGCAUCAGGACUACCGGCACGGCGGCAUCAGGAAGAAGAACGAGCUGAACUCGCUCGGCAAUAACCUGUUGCACUUUAGGAUAUACCCUUCCGAGGCGGCGCACCGCGACGACCUGUCCAAUUGGCUGCUGGUCAACGACGAACCGCGGAUCUCGUCGUGGACCCCGGCCGGCAUAUUGAUCGACGACAUGAUCAAGGAGCCUAGGGAGCUGCAGACCGUCUUCUUCGCGUUGUCGCCGACCAUGCUGAACGUCCUCUAUUCUGAUCACGCGACCGCGUCCCAGCCCGGGGAACAGUUGCUGCCGCACGAGGAUCAACCCAGCAACCACGCCGGCCAGCAGAGAGGCAAGAAGCUGCGGAUAGACUGCAGACACUCGAGGAACACCGUCAGCCUACCUAUCCGCGUCUGCGACGACGAGUCCGGCCGCAAGGCGUUCCAAGAAACCAGACAAUCCAGCUACGACGAUCUAUUCGAGCAGAAACUGAACACUGCUGCGAACAUCAAGACUGACCCGACACGGGGCGAGAAACUGCGGGACUAUCAGGCCCCCGGGUUCGCUGCCAGGCCGUACGCCCUAGACGGCGGCAAGCCGCCCGGCAAAAGGAGCCAGAUGCCCGUCAUAGGACGCCGCUCCAUCGACCUUCCCGGAGACUCUGCCCCGCAUCAAGCUCAACCACCGUCACCCCUAGGGAAUGGCAUCGGCGUUGCUUCUCAACUUAUGCUCAGAUCCGCCAGGGGAACCAUACACUACGACGUGCCGCAGAUCGACUGCCCGAGCUCGGACGACGGGAUGGAAAGGUUCGCUUGUCCCACCGCGGACAGGAUGGGCAGAUACCAUUGCAUCGACGAUCACGCCUUGUGCGAUGGCUUCAUAGACUGUCCAGGCGGCGGCGAGGACGAGGACAGGAAAGCCUGCAUGUUUUACAAAACUACGAAAGCUCACCUUGACGUAUUGGCAGAUGCCAUUUUGCGAUGGGCAAGAGGACGCUAAUUCCUUUGUUGACGAUGAACCUCUGACCUAUGUAUAAAAUCAUAAGUCUGAUGAGUUUACUUCUUUAUACAUUCACCUAUAUAUAUACAUAUAUAUAUGUACAGAUAUAUAUACACACAAAAAGAACGAGAGAGACAGAGAGAGAAAGAAAGAAAGAAAGAAAGAAAGAGAGCGAGAGGUGGUGUAUGUAUAUGUGUAGAUACGUAUACAUAUAUACAUAUAAAUAUAAAUUAUAAAUACAAUAUAUAAUAUAUUCCCGGGUGUGUGUACGGGGUCGCGAACACACCCUCGCGCGCCCCGCACGCGUACAACGUGAUCCCUAUAUAUGAAGAAAAGAGAGAGGCAAAAAAAAAGGAAAACCCGUUCCACAGCUGGCGAGUGUUCUUCUUGCAAGUGACGGACGCGGUAGACGGGGGAAGAAGCGGCGAGCUUUCGCGUUCUCAUUGUUUACGGGGAAAUUUCAUUUACGCCGUUCCAGAAGUUCCUCGGAAGGCGUUCGAAGUUUGAGAUUCAGAGCGCGGCAGGCGCGUCGAGUUGGGAAUAUCUUGUUCGUACUUUACAGCUAUCACCGGAGCCACGUUAAAUUCGUUAGAUCCGCGGGGAUGAAUCUGCUACGUUCAACCGGCGCGAUUACGCGGUUCAGUGUGCCGUUUCGCACCACCAGACUGGUUUCUCCUUUCCGCGAUUAUCGAAGGAAGAUCGUCGGAUCGACGAAUUAUUGGAAGAUCAUCGAACUUUAUGGUUAUCGAAUUAAGCAUUGGAAGAUCGUUGAAUUUCGUGACUAUCGAAGCAAGAUCGUUGGAGAGAUAACGGAUGAUUCUCCGAGAAGUUACCGGGAAAUUGAUUUAGCUUCUAGAUUCGAUUUAGAUGUUUUAUUUAGAUUCUAUUUAGACUGAUUUAGAUUCGAAUAGAGAUUUCGAUAGACUCUCGGGGAUCCCAUAGGAGAAUUCCGGAAAGUCUACUUGAUUGUUGGGUAGUUCUCUAGUGGUAACGUACUGUAAGAUCACUCGAUGGCUAGGCUGAGGGACGUCGGUCUAAUUAGUUCUCGUUUCUCUUAUAAUAAUUUGCUAUUUGUCAAUACGGUUGCGUAACCAAUAGAAACUAUAAGAAAGCUAUAAACAGCGAAGGACGCUGUCGCUAGAUAUCGAGUGAUGCCGUGUCGUCCCGCUAGACUUCAAGUAAUCUCCCAAGUGUACCUACGGGAUUCAAUGAUAACGUGGAUUCCUCGGAAACGUUGACGAACGUCUGCUGCCCUGCUCGCGGGACUUUCCUUUGAAAUCUUCGUUUCUAACUUUGAACUUUCGGGAUCGCGAAGCUUCCUUAUCCUCCAGAUACCUUUGAAUCCUAAGACGCUUCGAACUCGCCUUGCUCGCCGGUUCUUUCCGUAAUGGAGUCAAAGGAACGCGUCCCCCGCGUUCAAGUCCCUUCGCUCUUCGAAUACGCGUUCACCGCCGAAACGUUUCGUUCUUUGAGAAGAUUAUUCUAAUUUCAUACAUGGAAGUUCGGGAUUGAAAAUCUACCCGGCGGACGGCGGUCUGAAUACCGAGGACGCCGGCGGAAGAUUAAAACCGAAGGGAAAUGGAACGUCUUGUCUGGGAACGACGUGAACCUCUUGGAAAUUUCAAACUGAUCCCCGUAUUUCCGAACUUGCUGGUACUGCGUCACCACUGAACACUUUAUCCACCGUUACUGAUCAAGCCGACCACUCACUAAUGACAUACUAAUAAGGUUUCCGUCGUCGUGGGAGUGUACGUUUUCACUUACAAAGCUUUGUGACUUUAAAAUCAAAGUAUUAGGGAAUCUCGUAAUCCUGUGGUUUCUUUAAACUAGAGUGAUUUUAACAGAGCGAAUUUAAUCAGUGCAUUUUGCCCUUUUCCGUUCUUCGUUACAUUGCUGACAUUACAAAGUUUCUCGAGUAGACGUUCCAUUUCUCUUAACGAAAUUCAACCUUUAAGUAUGGAAGUGAAAAUGACCGAUUAAUGGUGAAUAUUCUCGUUUGCAGCGAGCAAUGAACAAAUUCAUUGUAUUCACUCGUUUCCGCUUAUUUGAAUAUCUCAGCAUAGAAAUAUCAUCAAGUGUGUAACGAAAAUUCCACUGGUUUCGAAGUGUACGAUAUUUUAUAUAGAGGUCUACCGGACCGAACGUCCAUACUUAAUGGUUAAGCAUUCCUGUCUGAUCAGUUCUCCACGGCUUGCAAGAAGAAGGCUGGUUUAUGAAGAAGACGAACACCCUGCUCGCAUUCUCCCCUAUUCUCCCGCAUCGUCUAUUUUGCAGAAAGUUUUCCCUUCCUCCCGCAUAACAUUAAACACAUAGUAAGAGAGAGAGAGAGAGAGAGAGAGAGAGAGAGAGAGA